GUUUCUCAUAUAGGGAAUGAUCAUUUUCUAUUCCUCUUUUGAAAAUUCUCGGAUUACCACACAAAGCUUCAUCCGAUGGGAUGGAAAAUCUCCCUUUGUAGGAUAUUCGAUUGUUCUUUUUCAGGCAUGUGGAUACAAAGGAAACCAAACUAUUCAAGUGCAAUGAUAACUGCAGUUCCACUAACCAAUAUGGGAAUACAAAAUAUGAUUUCUGCUUUUACUACUUGUUUGGCUUUGGAAACCCAGUGGAAGUUACAAACCAACUUAUUUGCUAUCAAGUUACCAGGGAUACGAAUCAAUAUGCCUAAACUACCUUUGCCACAGAUAAAAGGAAACAAAGGACAACAAUCCAAAGAUGCUGGUUCUUUGUAUGUGGAUGACAAUCCCAAUAGCGGCUUAUUUACUAAAGCAACCGCACCAAGAAAGACAAAUCCUUCUUCUACCAGUUCCACUUCUUCACAAGUUCGAGUUAGAGCUGCAGGUAGUCCUGUCAAAGUACCGCAGGCUCCUACUCUGGAUGAAAUAAGACAAAGAAAGGGAAUCGAAACAACAGUGACUGGAAACGAAGGUUGGAAGCGAUUUCCUUCAAGAAGACGUCCUGGUAAAGAUAUGGAUAUGUUUUUGAACAUGUCAAAGGACAUGAAGCGUGGUUCAUGAGGGAAAAGAGAAGAUGUUUGGAAUAUGCUUUCUUCAGAACUUGACUAUUUUAAUUGUUGGUGUUGUUUCCAAUAAAAAGAUUUCUUGUGUCGUUGUUGUUAUAGCUA